AUGGCGAAAACAACACGCUCACCGUUCCUGGAUAUCCUUCCUCCAGAGCUCCGUCUACACAUCUACACACACCUUCUCGUCGCCCCAUCAUCCAUCAAAGGUUCCGUCGCCCGUCAAGACACAAAAUACGACCUCCACACAGCCAUCCUCCGAACAAACAAACAAAUACACCACGAAGCCCGCUCCGUAUUCUUCGGCAAAAACACCUUCUACAUCACAUCCAUACCACCCACUCCCUCCAGCAAAGAUGCCAUCGACGACCAACAACAAGAAGAAGAAGGAUCCGGCGCCUUUGAACCCCCUCUUCAACUCACCGAUCUCCCCUUAGUCCGCCAUCUCGAAGUCGACCUCCUCUACUACCCCACCUCCAUGACCACAUCUCUAGACUCGCGCGACGGAAUCUGGAAACCCGUUUGCACUGGCGCAGACCGCUACACCACCAGCUUAUCCUACCUCCUCAGCACCGUCUCGCCCAGUCUGCUCAGUCUGAAGAUAUGCGCAGACACGCGCCGCUACGUAGGAAGUACCACGGGCCAGGAUGCUCAUGCUCUCAGCGACAAGUUCAAAGCCGAUACCGAGAGAUUGCAGGUUCAGAAACUGCUUACGGGGUUUUACAUGGCGGAUAGUAACACGCUGUUUAAGAAGGCGAUGAAAGAUUUGCUCGUCAGGGACAUUACUUUGCACUUUGAUUUUCCGGAGAGCUACUUUGAUUUCGUGGUGGGGAGGGAGAGGCUGUGCGGACAGAGCUUGGUCGAAUUGGCGGGACAGGUACUGGCGGCUAGGACGGAGAUUAGGUUCAAAGCUGCGUUGCAGGAGGUGGGUGUGGGGAGUGAGGUUGCCGAGGCGGGAGUCGUGAAUUUGAUUCCGUUUCCGUGCUGA